AUGGAGUCCAGUUCAAAGCGCCGUAAGCUGGAUCACUCCGGAUCUGGCCUGAGACACGAUGCUCUCAUUGAUUUCGAGGCCCAGAGCUCUGCCAGAGUCUCAACCGCUAGCACAUUUGUCCUCCAAACCGACGAGCUACUCAAGGAAGCAAAACUCGACUAUGGCAAGACUUUGAAGGGUGUUGACGCAAAUCUUCAUCGUCUGAAGGAAGCCGUCGACACUGCUGUUCCCCACGGACCCGAGCUUAUUACCCAAGUUACAAGCCGUUUUGAAAAGAAGCAUCGCAUCGUCAUCCCUUAUCCCGAUCCGAAGCCCGCCAAGGAUGCGCCCUACAAGCUCUCUUACGAGAAGCCUGCUUCGUACAAUGUCGUCGGUAGUUACGUCGCCAAAACCAUGGUCAAGUCCCAGGCGCAUUUUGGCAUCGACAUGGUGGUGCAGAUGCCCAAGACCAUGUUCCAGGAGAAGGACUUUACAAGCAUGCGCUACUUCUACCGCAGAGCAUACUAUAUCGCCUACAUCGCUGCCAGCGUCAAGAAAGAGUUGGAAGAUUCGUUCGAUAUCGGCUUCGAAUACCUCAACGAGAACCCGCUACUGCCUGUACUUGCACUUCGACCUAAGCCUGAAGAGGAGGAGCAGGAGGAAGACAUCAAGGAAACGACCAGCAAGGCCUUGAAGAAGAAGACCAAGGCUGCAAAGUCUCCAUACACCAUUCGACUUAUCCCCUGUGCCCCCGACGGUCUCUUUCCCAAGUCAAAGCUGCUCCCAAGCUCCAACAACAACAGAACUGGAGAGGCCGACGACAAGAAGACUCAGUCCGGCACACCUUUCUACAACUCCACUCUAAAAGCUGAAGAGACCUUCAUCUCUUACCUGCGAAUUCUCACACAUGCCAAAAACGAAUGCCCAGCUUUGACGGAUGCUUGUGUGCUCGGAAGAAUCUGGCUGCAGCAGAGAGGGUUUGGUAGCUCCGUGUCUCAGGGUGGAUUCGGCCACUUUGAGUGGUCUGUUAUGAUCGCCUUGCUACUCCAAAUGGGUGGGCGAAACGGUCAUGCAGCGCUUUCAAACUCCCUGAGCAGUACUGAGCUCUUCAAGGCUACUGUUCAGUUUCUCUCAGCUACUGAUUUCAACAAGAAGCCAUUUGUUUUUGGAUCCUCGAAAAUUAAUGCCGAUACUGUUCGAGAAGUUGGCCCUGUUAUGUAUGACCCCGUCCGAGAACUCAACAUAUUGGCAAAGAUGAGUCCCUGGUCUGCCACCCUCCUUCAAAUGCAUGCCAAAUCGACCACCGACCUUCUUGCCGACGCAGCUGCCGACAAAUUUGAUCCAACCUUUAUUAUUAAGUCCGAUGCACCUCUUCAGACUUUCGACGCUAUCUUCGAGAUUAAGAACCAGGACACUGCAAGACUCUUAAACUCCCCUGAUCGCAGAGGACCUGCCUGGGACUUCAGCCUGGAGGCACACAAAGUGCUCAAGAAGGCAUAUGGCACUCGAGCUCAUCUUGUACACUUCCAGCUGCCUGCGAAGACUGGGUGGUCAUUGGGCUCUGCGCCAGCAUCGGGUUCUAGCAAGGUUCAAUUUGGCGUCAUGUUUGAAUUUGCUCAGAUGUCUCGUCAAAUGGAGCAUGGUCCCGCAGCUGAGGAACAAAAGGACGCUGCCAAGUUCAGACAGUUCUGGGGCGAGAAGGCCGAGCUUCGUCGUUUCAAAGACGGCAGCAUCCUCGAGUGUGUGGAGUGGUCGAGCAAAGUUCCGUUCCAGAUCUGCGAGGAGAUUGCAGCCCACACUCUGAAGCGACACUUGAAGGUUGCCAGCGAAGAUGUCACUUCUUUCGGUGCAGGGUUUUCCAAUAUUGUCGAAUUUUCCCAUAUGGAUAAGGAGGCCUUCGAUGCGGCUCGACGGGCAUUCCAAACUCUCGAGCACGACAUCCGAAACCUUGAGGACUUGCCGCUGCAGAUACGACAGCUAUCUGCAGUAUCACCAGCCGCCAGAUACGCCUCAGUCGAGGCUCCUCGCCCUGGUUUCCACACAGGCACUAUCGAGCCGAUAGACGUCAAUCUUUACUUUGAGGCAUCAGGCCGGUGGCCAGAGAACCUUGUGGCCAUCCAGGAGACCAAGAUCGAGUUUCUCCUUGAUUUUGACAGGCGUCUUACAGCGACCAAGGAGAACAUCACUACCUAUCUUGGACGGGAAAACAGAGAGAUCGGUAUUGAGAACUUGGCUUAUCUCGAUAUUGUGUAUGAGUCUGGUGCGGCGUUCCGUUUAAGAAUUCAUGCCGAUUUGGAGGAUAUUCUCUUUCAGCGCCAGAUCAAGAACAAGAUGCUUGAUCACCAUAUCCGCGAGGAGUCGGAAGCGGCCCUCGCCAGAACCAACUGGUUCUUUGCCACUCUCCCAAUCCAUACGCAGACUAUUGCUACUUUCUGCACAAGACUGCAUCCUUUAUCUCAAACCAUUCGCUUGGUCAAGCACUGGUUCAACUCCCAUAAGCUCUCCAGCCAUAUCAGCGAGGAGCUUAUCGAGCUUUUUGUUCUACAUGUCUUCUUGCAACCCUAUCCCUGGCGGGCUCCUACAAGUGCCUCAACUGGAUUCCUACGCACAUUGACGUUCCUGUCUCGUUGGGAUUGGCGCGAUGAGCCUUUGGUCGUCGACUCGGCUGAGGAAUUGACGGAUGAUAACCGCCAUAGCAUUCGUAAGGAGCUUGAGGCUUGGCGUAAGAAGGAUCCCAACAUGAACAGCACAGUCAUGAUCGUGGCUACUUCAAAUGAGACUUCUGGUCUGGCUUAUACCCGCAAUGGGCCUUCUAAGCUCAUCGCCUCGCGUAUGACUCGAUUAGCCAAGGCUGCAUGUAAACUCGUCAAGGACAGCGGAUAUCGUGUGGACGCUACCGAGCUCUUUGACACAUCUCUUGAAGAUUACGAUGUCCUCUUCCAUCUUUCCCGCAAGGCCGUACGCUCCAUUCUUCGGGAGGCAGCCUCCGAUCCUUCUGCUCGUCGCCACUCCCAGUUCAAGAACCUUGACGACCGCACCGGUCGCGCACCGCUCCCCAUCCGCGCCCACCCUGUCGAUAUUCUCAUCCAAGAGUUGCAGCGCGCGUACGAGGAUACGCUAGUGUUCUUCCGAGGAACAAACACUAGCGAUGAAGACGAUACUGUGAUUGGAGCUAUCUGGAACCCGAAGCUCCAGCAGCAAAAGUUCCGUGCUGGUUUGCCUUACAACUUCCGCACAGUCGCCGACGAAGAGGAGGAUGCUGUGACAGUGAACCGAAAGGCUGUACUGUUGGAAAUUGCAAGGAUUGGUGGUGAUAUGAUUAGGAAGAUUGAAGAGGUCGAGUAA